CUCCAUAUCUCGCCUUUGUUGGGGUAGAGGGUGGCGGGGAUGGACUCCCCGACCCCGCGUUUCCCAUCCCGGAGGAAAAUAAACUGUUGCUGCAACGCGUGCUCGCCCCUCAGGGACGAGUCAGGACGGGAGGCUGUUGGCUGUCACAGCUGCGAGUGUGUGUCACAGCAACAUCCACCGGGCUGGGAGCUUGAGGGGAAGAAAAACAAGCUUUACAAACUAAUGUACUCCAUAAACGGAGCUCGCCUUCCCCGCGGGAGUGGCAGGCGACCGCCAGAAGGACGGGGCUCGUUCGGUGCCAUUGGCGGAUUGCGGGUGGGGUGCGAAGCACCCGCCGCCAGGCCCCUCAGGGGGCAGCGGUUUAAUGAUCAAACGUCUGCCUGGAAGAAAGGCGAGGGAGCGGGAGGCACGGAGCGGUCUUGUGUGUGCAUGAGCAAGCGGGUACGUUGUUCCCCCCCCCGCCCCGGCCCGUCCCUCCCCUGCCGUCUGACAGAGCCAAAGCAGCCCGGGAGGGGAGGAGAAAGGAGGAGGAGGAGGAGGCAGCAGCCGCGAGUGCCAGUGCAGCGCUCGGUUACUCUCCCGUACUCGCUGCAGGAGGAGGGGGAGGGCGGGCGCUGUGUACCUUUUCCUCCCGUGCCUUUCCUCACUUUAACAAACCGGGGCCAAUAGCCAGCAGAAGGGAACAAAGGGACGGGGGGAGGAAA